UCGAAGAACUGCAAGACAAGACUGUUAGUUAUUAGGAAAACUUAGUGGUUAUAAUAGUUUUCUCGUUGGUUUGUGGAACUUAACGUAUUAAUUAUCACUUGAAGUUUUAUAUUGUGAAAACUGAAAAUAUUCAUGAAGAAAAAUUAACCAUUGAAAGAAAAAAUUUGAAGAAGAAUACAACGUAAAAUAUGGCAUUAGCACUGCAAAGACGGGCAAAUGUAAGACUUCCACCAGAAGUUAAUAGAAUUUUGUACAUAAGAAAUUUACCAUAUAAAAUAUCCGCUGAAGAAAUGUAUGAUAUUUUUGGCAAAUACGGGGCUAUACGACAAAUAAGAGUUGGAAAUACGCCAGAAACAAGAGGAACAGCAUUUGUUGUGUAUGAGGACAUUUUCGAUGCUAAAAAUGCUUGUGAUAAUUUAUCUGGUUUCAAUGUAUGUAACAGAUAUUUAGUUGUAUUAUAUUAUAGAUCAAACAAAGCAUUUAAGGGAAUGGAUAUUGAAAAGAAGCAAGAAGAAUUAGAUACAUUAAAGAAAAAAUAUGGCAUUUCCACUGAUGAACUUCAUAAAUAAAAACCUUAGUAUUAA